AGCUUUAUAGUUAUGCGUACAGAUUAUUUGGCAAUCUAAUACGAGUUUUUUGUUGAAGUCUUUGUACUGCCACCCACGUUUCUUUGAAUAUAUCUUUGUUUUUGGUGAAACGAACCAUGUUCAGAUCAACGACGACGAAUCACAUUAGAUUGAUGGUGGUUGGCCAGGAAGGCGUAGGAAAAUCAGCGCUCAUUGUCAAAUACCUGACUGGACGAUUCAUAUCAGAAUACCAAUCCGAUUUUGAUUGGAAGUACUCUUACCAAACUAAUAUCGAAGGAGAACAAGUACAUAUGGAGAUCAUUGACUCACUUACUAUAGAUGAUACUCAUAUAGUGUGGGCGGAAGGAUUUAUGAUGGUGUAUGACGUCACAAACCAAGAUAGUUUACUCAAGAUCGAACAAAUAAAAGAGCGUCUUGACAGUGUCAGAUCCACUAAAAUAUUGACUAUGAUCAUGGUAGCUAACAAGACUGAUAUGGAGCACUGUAGAACCGUUAGUCGUGAACAAGCAGACGCUUUGGCAGCACGCCUUUCUUGCGGUCACGUCGAAUGCUCCGCAUGCGGCCCAGAAGCCGAAGUUCGUUUUGCAUUUGAUGAGCUGUGUCGUGAGGUCGCGCUUGCCCGACAACAAUCAGCCAAAAAGCGAGAGCGUCGCCGCAGCAGUCUCAGCCAGGUGCGGCAGGGGUUAAAGAUGCUUGUUCAAACCGGUAAAGCCAAGUCGCACGCUUAUACGACAACUUCACCAAACGGGACAAACGCCAGCACAAACGGCGGUGGAAUGUUGCGGCGUGGGAGUCGAUUCGGUCCACCCUCGCCCUUUUCGACACUCAUGUCGGCGCCAAUUUUAAACGAUUUACCCGAAAAUGAAAGCGACCACGAUUCCAGCGUUUUGUCGCGAUUGAUGGAAUGCAACUCAACAGCAAACCACCAAAAAGAGCGUGAAUCGUCAUCCGAUGGAAAGGAAGACGAAAACAAACAGAGCAACUAUUACAAACACAACAAUUAUGGGGCUUUGGUUUUAUAAUUUAAUCAAAGUAGACUUUCUACAUUACGUUUUUACUUGCUCGGUUCCUUAUGUAGCUAUAAUGGCAAUGUCAAUCCAAACCACUAUGCAGCUUUGGUUGGUCGCCAAAUAUUGAAAAACCAGUACACCAUUAAGUACAUGGAAGACCAUUGGUUCAAUGCGGCGCGUGGUUCGUCAGAUUGAACGAGUAAGGAUUACGUUUCUUCCACGCACAAUUACUGUUAAGCUUGAUGCCAUUACCGUCUGAAAAGAUAUUUACGCCUGCGGGUCAAAACGAAAUCGCUUUUGCUUUUAAAAACGUCGCUCCGUUUUUUACAGUCGCCCGUAUUUUUUCUUUACAAUAAUUGUCAUUUAUGAAACUUUGAAAAUUUCCAUUUACACAAAGAUUUAAGUAAAUUGUAUUUUCCGAUAACCUACUUAGUUCUCAUUGUUUUAUUUUUGUCUUUUCAUAAGUUUUGUUUUUUGUCAGCAAAAACAUUUUGUAAUGAAGAUUUAUUGGAAUAUAAUCUAUAUUGCAAAUAAUGAUGUGAAAAAAACGAAGUAAAAAAAGGUACUGUGUAACACUUUUGAGGUAGUACACAUAGUCAUUUCUUCCAAUAAUAAAUAUAGAGUUCAAAAUCAA